AUAUAUGAACCUUCCUCCCUCUUUCUCCCAAACACCAACUCUUAUUCAAUUCAAACAAAAGCCUUCUCUCUUCUCCUCUUUUUUCCUUGUCUUCUACAAGAAAAAAAAAAAGUAGCCAUGACCAAAGGAGGCAAGCUUACAAAAAUCAAGUCAGUCUUGAAGAAAAUGCAAUCUUUCAAACUUAGUCGUGUCAACAGCAUCAACAACACAAUCAUGAUGACCACCUCACACAAUUCUUCCUUAGACGAUGAUUCGUAUAAUUCCUACGACGAUAACAACAACAACAAUAAUUUACACCCCGUUUACGUUGGCAAAUCGCGACGUAGGUACCUAGUUACAUCUGAUGUUGUCGAUCACCCUCUUUUCCGGGAACUUGUUGAAAGGACCGGUGAUUCGGAUGACUAUGUUACUGUUGGAUGUGAAGUUGUUCUCUUUGAACAUUUGCUAUGGAUGCUUCAAAAUGCUGAUCCUCAACCCGAGUCGUUGGAUGAGCUCGUCGAGUUUUAUUCCUGCUGAUUGGUUCAGAAUGAGUGUGAUCUUAUUAUAUAUGCAUACAUUUUAUUCUUUUCUUUUUUGCGUAUGUAUAAAUAGUUCUGAGUGAUCAAAAGCAAUCAGUUCAGUUGAACCUUCAUCCGCCAUAUAGUUAGUAAACACUUUUUUUUUUUUUCUCUUACCAUUUCAUAAUUUGAUUUUGAUUAACAGACUGUUCAAUGGAUCGGAUGAUCUCACAAUAGAGGGAGAAUUAAGACUAAUGGUUACUUGUUGUUUCUUCAUCAAUGCAUGUUGUUGCCUUCUUUAAUGUAUGCAUUUAUUCUUAUCUCAAUUGUUAUGUAAAAAUCCAGCUUUCAUCUUGUUCUA